UGAUUCUAUGGUUCUGUGGACACCUAGAGCAGAUGCAUGACAGUGCCUGUUCCCACUUCCCUAACAAUGAAGAAACCAAAGGACACUGGCACUAUCUCCCUUCUGAGCCCAUCACCCAGGCCUGCACACAGGGGGAGUGAAGCCACUGUGGGUGCAGCACUUUCUGUUCCUCGCAGCACAUGAAAUCUCAUCCGCAUUCCAGGUCCUCCAGCCAUCACCAGGGCUUGUACGGAUGUGAAACCAUCUGGCAGGCAGUGGUCAAAUAUCCUGCUGAAGUGUAAUUUCCCUUUCUACAACAAAAUUAAGACAGGGGAAAUUCUUUGCAAUCAAUGCUAUACUUAGAAAAAAGAAAAAAGAAAUGAUUGGCCUUGAAGACAGUUUGGCAUGGCACUGGGCUCACCCUUCUGCGUGUCCAGAGAAGGACAAAGAAGCUGUGCAGUGUCUGGAGUACAGGUUACGGUGGCCAGGGUGAAGCACAGACCUUGCCCAGAGCCCACCAGACCCUUCCCCGGGCCUAAACCACGGGACUGCACAACUCCCUGCAGACAGCGCAGAGCAGAGGUGACUGACCGAGCAGGGACAAAGGACAAACUCCCCCCAGAGGCCACCGGGCACCCCUGGCCGGCCCACCGCCCCGCAGUCCCCUCCCCGACAGCUAGAAGCCGCGGAGGAGCCCAGCCCGGGACCUCGGCGAGGGGCGAGGCCGUGCUGCGGCCCGCAUGGAGCCGCCGCGGGAGGGCGGCAGCGAAAUGGCGGCGGCGCUGGGGGCCGCCAAGCAGGCGCUGCGAGCGGAGCUGCGGCAGAGGCUGCGGGCCCUGGGCGCGGCGGAGAAGCAGCGUCAGUCUCGCCUGCUGAGUCGCAAGGUGAUUGAGCAUACCAAGUACCAAGAAUCCAAAAGAAUUGCAAUCUUUCUGAGCAUGCCAGAUGAAAUCCAGACAGAAGAAAUCAUUAAGGACAUUUUUAAGCAAGGCAAAGAGUGUUUCAUCCCACGUUACAAACCUCGCAGCAAUCAUAUGGACAUGCUAAAGCUGUCAUCAGCUGAAGACAUUUCUUCACUUACUUUGACAUCCUGGAAUAUUCUUCAGCCUAGUGAUGACGACAGCGCAAGAGAAGAAGCUCUUGCUGGUGGGGGUCUUGACCUUAUCUUCAUGCCAGGCCUUGGGUUUGACAAAAAAGGCAACAGAUUGGGAAGAGGGAAAGGAUAUUAUGAUACCUAUCUUGGAAGAUGUAUGAAACAUCCCAGUGGAAAGCCUUACACAAUUGCCUUGGCAUUUAGGGAACAGAUCUGUGAAUCUGUACCUGUGACAGAAAAUGAUGUCCAAGUAGAUGAAAUCCUUUAUGAAGACUGCUAGAAGUGCCUUGAUACCAUCCUGCCUUCAGAGCGACCAACCAAAGAUUUCAUGUCCAUCAGUCAUAACUUUGUUAAUGGUCACAUAUGAUGCUGGGAGAAUAAAAUACAUUAUUUGUAUUCGAGCAACAACAACAACAACAAAAAAACAACCAAUAAUGUAAAUGUAGUAAUAGUAAUGCAAAUUGCAUUGGUUUGCUUCUGAUUAGCAAAUAUCUAGAGUGAAUUGUUAUUCUAGAACCAAUAGAAAUAUGUGACUCUUUUUUAAGUAAAAAUCAUUUCUUCUUAUCAUUCUUGUGGAGAACAACCUGUGUGAUACGGCACAGUUUUAUUAUUCCAGUUUCCAAGUGAACUGCCUACUGGUCCAGAGAAGACCUGUGGUAAGCUGGGCCAAAAAAGGUGAUUCAAAAAAAGCCUUAGAUGAUUUUACGGUAUACAAAUAAUGCUGGUGGUUUGCUUGGCUCUUUGAAGUGGUCUCGCAAUAAAAGGAAUAUCUGCUAAUAACAAAAGUUUUGUGUUUAAGACUUUCACAUCAUAUGUUUCAUUCUUUUAUCUCAGUGUAAGAAUGUCAUGUUGUCUCAGAUGCAAUCAGUGCGUUCUCAGUUAUGUUUUUAAAAUAAUAUUCAGCAUUACUCCAACCUGUGUAAUUUUGUACAAGCCAUUCAGAAUAUCCCAGAACAUCGUGGUAAGUGUCAGUACGUGUUAAAGGAUGAGACGCUAAGUAUUGCAGAGAACAGUUUUUAUGGACUGAGUAAGGGUUUGGGUGGGAGGUUAUAACUUGCCCCCGUGCAGACAAAAAGCACAAUGAGUGCAGUACUUUAAGGGUGAUGAUGGGGUGAAAGGGCCUGGCUCACCUUUAAUAUCAACCUGCUGGGCCUCCCACAGAAAAGCUGCAACCCGAACAUGGAGCUGGCAGCAAUUUGCACUAUGGGCUGUUUAGUAAAACGAUGGUGGUCGGACUUGGCUGUCUGUCACUUCUGUAUCAAACGAGCUCGUCCCACCAAACGAAAGAAGUGUUUUCUCACUUUGUGUGCUGAAAACUAUGCUGAGUGAGAGGUGUUCGUGCGUCACACAGGGUUGGGAUGACAGGGUUGGUGCAUGCAGCAGAGCAGUCUCCAGCUUCUCUCAGCUCUGCAGUGCUGUCAGCUGCACUGCCUUCCAGGAGGCAGGCAGACUUUUACAGUUCAAGACCUUUGGGGAAUAAAUGUGAUGAGAGAAUUGGA